UUGAUACAAGUGGGGCUGGCCAAUGUUAUGGUUAUUCUUAGUGUCUCAAUCUAAGCCACUAGGAUUACAAGACUUAAUAUUGAAGGUCAGUGAAGAAAAGGGAGAGUCUAGAGAGUGAGACAUGGAAGGUGGUUCUAAGUUGGGGUUGGUCAGAGAGGUCUGCUGCAAUUAUAGACCAGAAAGGUAGGGCAGUCCUGGAUAGGUAAGUGUCACAGAUAGGGUAGCUGCAAUGCUGGCAUGAGGAUGUGGGAUAUGCGACUAUCAAGGUGUCCCAGGCAGAGACAUGGAGGGUGUGAAGCAGCGAGGCCAUGUUAGGAUGACUGCAGGGUGUUUAAUGCCAGAAGACUGGAAUGUGGGAGUUGUAAGGAGCCAAGACUGGAAAGGUGAAAGGAAGGCUUGAUGGUGGACGGAGGACCUGGUAUGCCACCUUGAAGAACUUGAAUAAAGGUUUUGGAGAGCCAGGAAGGGUUUUAAGCAGCUGCUAAAAAUUGUAGUAUCUUUAAUUACAUUCUCCAGAAAACUGAGUGUCUUCUCAGUGGUCAGCAAUGUAAAUGAAGGAAUGAGCUGGCCUGGAACAAAUUAUCAUGUAUAGUGGCUUGGAAAGGCAAAAUGACAAAGUGGCCCAGGUGGAUAAAAUUCAGUAGACUUGAAGGGGCAAGAGAACCUAGUUACUCUGGGUGGGAGAUGGACAUCUAAGAGGAGAAAAACACUUGUUCAGGUUCACAGAGGACCCAAAGAUAUGGCAGAGGAAACCCUAAAGUAAUUAUGAAUGUAAUAAUGGAGCUAAGUUGAGCAGUUUUAUGUCAUAAAGCCUGUUACUCUACCUCCAGUUUUUUCAUGGUUUUUAAAGAAAAAUACAUUUUAAAAAUCAUCUAAACCCAGAUUAGAGUUUAGCUUUUAUAGUUCUAUCUUAUGGUGUCCCUUUUCAAUUAUUCUUUUCUAAUCUUCCUAGUGAACCAAAUAUUUUGUUGCCAUUUAUUGGUUGAUAGCCAAAGUAGCAACUAAACUGGUCUUCUACUUUAAUAACAUAAAACUGCGCAGCUUGUUCAUUCUUUAACACCACUGUCUUCAAAAUAUUUGGACAAAGGGUGUUGGUGAGAAGACGUGGCCACUACUCACCAGGUGGGGACUGGAGGUCAUAAAAGCUCACAACCUCAUUGCUUGCACAAGAGGUAGCCUCUCAUGUCUAUUUUCCAGAGGAAUUCCCUUCUAAGAAGGAAGCCAGUUGGUGGUUUGCCUAAUACCAUCUGGAGACCUGGAAGUGUCACAGAGGUUUGUUAAGCCUUUUAGAUGUUGACUCUUUGGACUUGUCUACUGAGAGGUGGUGACCUUCAUGGGGGUGAAUGCAGAGAGCUAUGGCGUUGGGUUUGACUCCUUCUGGCAUUCAGGCAGAAAUGCAUGCCAUUCAGCCCCCUCCCACUCCUUGGCCUAUGCACUGGCCACUUGGCCUUCCUGCCAUUUGGUGGCACUUAUCCCCUCAAAUUCCUUCUUCCCACCUGCCAGUUUCUAACCGGAUCUUGCCCUGUCUGGCUCCAUUUUGUAUGUUAUGUGCCCAUUUGAUGAAAACAGCAUGAGGCAGGGGCAACAUUGCAUUUCUUUCUAAGAACGAGGACAAAAUAUGAGUGGCAUCCUUCCAGUAGUUAACUUUUAGCCCUUUACUUGUGUGAAGGACUUGUUAUCCUAGUUGAUAGAUGAGAAGACAGAUGACCAUAAGUGCAAGAAAUUCAGAGUUUGAUGUAAAGCCCAGCUCUGGGCUCCCUGUUGACUAUUUUGUCAUUGAUGUAUGUGAAACCAUGUGGAAAUCCAAAAGGAAAGUUGUCUAUUUUUCUGCUUGCAGUUUAAAUUGAAAAAAGAUUCUAUUGGGCAUGAUGCAAAACAUUUCUACACAUAACACGUUUGUGUGUUAUACUUGACAGGGCCAUUUUACAUAAAAAGAUCUUUGAAAAGCCUCAGUAAUAAUACUUUUUAUAUCUCUAAAUCAAAAUGGCUCAGUUCUGACAAUUUUUACAUUUUAGGUACAAAAUAGAAGUGGGUUUAAAAUAGCUCUUGAUUAGUCUCCUAAAUUAUUUGGGCGUAUGUUUUUAAUUGGCAAAAAGAAAUAGACUUCAGAAAUUGGUUAUUUUUAUUCCAUCAAGUUAACGGUGAGUGGCUUAUUUAAUAAAACCAUGUCUGUAAUUUAACACAAAUAGCACGUACAGCUGUUCAUUUGUGUCUUUUUGACUGUAUGAAGCAUCUUAGACGGUUUUACUGAAAGAUAGGGUCACCGAGAGGGGAAAUCUGUGGACUUAAAUCUUUUUUCCUUAUCGAUCGCCGGCCACUAGGUUAGGUUACGUGCCGCCAGCAGGCUCCCUUCGUGGCUCGACUACGGGAUGUGGAGAGAGCUGAGAGAAUCGAAAUCCUCGAUUUUUUUUUUCUUUGCUGAGAGAUAUUCACUCAUCCCUGCAGAGAAGCAGCUGCCCGAAUGCACAUAGCCAGUUGGUAGUGACAUGAAUCGCGUACAUAGGGCUCCUGGUCCAGCGCUCCGAGUUCUAACCACUCUGGCCACGUGUGCAUCGGGGAGUUGUAAAGUGAGUUAUGGAAAUAAAACAAGGAGAGAAGCCCAGCCCUGAUCUUCAGGAGCAGCAUUCUCGGGAGCCAGAGGCCGAGGUGGCGCCCGGGGCAGGCGCCUUCGGCUGGGUGGGCGCGGAGCUGUCCGAAGUUGCGGAGGUGCCGGGAAGAGGAGGGGCCUCGCCUAGGGCGCCCGAGUGAUUGGCUGCCCAGGGCCCCUGGCGAAGGCUGUGUGGUCCAGCCCUGGUGGAGAGGGGCGGAGCGGCCACUGCUCCAACCACCGCCGCCACCGCCACAGUCGCAGCCGCCACAGCCUCGGCCGCCGGGCAAGUAGCUCCGAGCGGCUGCUUCCCGGUUGCCUCGACGAAGACAGGGGGCGCCGCGCUCCGCUUGCUCCGCGCCCGAGCCAUGUCCAGCAGCCCUGUGUAACCACUGAGUCCCGGCCGGAGCCGACCGACCCAGUGUGCACCGUCUUUCGGCCGAGCUGAGCUUUCGUGCACGCAACUCGCUCUGCCCCAGCCAGCCCCGCGCCACCAUGCCCCGGGCGACUGCACUUGGGGCCCUGGUGUCACUGCUACUACUGCUGCCGCUGCCUCGCGGCGCCGGGGGACUCGGGGAGCGCCCGGACGCCACCGCAGACUACUCAGAGUUGGACGGCGAGGAGGGCACGGAGCAGCAGCUGGAGCAUUACCACGACCCUUGCAAAGCCGCUGUCUUUUGGGGAGACAUUGCCUUAGAUGAAGAUGACUUGAAGCUAUUUCACAUUGACAAAGCCAGAGACUGGACCAAGCAGACAGUGGGGGCAACAGGACACAGCACAGGUGGGCUUGAAGAGCAGGCAUCUGAGAGCAGCCCAGACACCACCGCCAUGGACACUGGCACCAAGGAAGCUGGAAAGGAUGGCCAGGAGAAUACCACACUCCUGCACAGCCCUGGGACCUCACAUGCCGCAGCCAAGACCUCUCCCCGGGUCCGAAGAGCCACAACCUCAAGGACAGAGAGGAUAUGGCCUGGAGGAGUCAUCCCCUACGUCAUUGGAGGGAACUUCACUGGGAGCCAGAGGGCCAUUUUUAAGCAGGCCAUGAGACACUGGGAGAAGCACACCUGUGUGACCUUCAUAGAAAGGACCGAUGAGGAAAGCUUUAUUGUAUUCAGUUACAGAACCUGUGGCUGUUGCUCCUAUGUUGGGCGCCGAGGAGGAGGCCCACAGGCCAUAUCCAUUGGGAAGAACUGUGACAAGUUUGGCAUUGUGGCUCACGAGCUGGGCCAUGUGGUUGGGUUUUGGCAUGAACACACCCGGCCAGACAGAGACCAACAUGUCACCAUCAUCAGGGAAAACAUCCAGCCAGGUCAGGAGUAUAAUUUCUUAAAAAUGGAAGCUGGGGAAGUGAGCUCUCUGGGAGAGACAUACGACUUUGACAGCAUCAUGCACUACGCCCGGAACACCUUCUCAAGAGGAGUUUUCUUAGACACCAUCCUUCCCCGUCGAGAUGACAAUGGUGUCAGGCCAACCAUUGGCCAGCGCGUGCGGCUCAGUCAGGGAGACAUAGCUCAAGCCCGGAAGCUGUACAAAUGCCCAGCGUGUGGGGAGACCCUGCAGGACACAACGGGAAACUUUUCUGCACCUGGUUUCCCAAAUGGGUACCCAUCUUACUCCCACUGCGUCUGGAGGAUCUCGGUCACCCCAGGGGAAAAGAUUGUAUUAAACUUCACAUCCAUGGAUUUAUUUAAAAGCCGGCUGUGCUGGUAUGAUUACGUGGAGGUCCGGGAUGGUUACUGGAGAAAAGCCCCCCUUUUGGGCAGGUUUUGUGGCGAUAAGAUCCCAGAGCCCCUUGUCUCCACGGACAGCCGGCUCUGGGUGGAGUUCCGCAGCAGCAGCAACAUCUUGGGCAAGGGCUUCUUUGCAGUGUACGAAGCUACCUGCGGGGGAGACAUUAAUAAAGAUGCCGGUCAGAUUCAAUCUCCCAACUAUCCGGAUGACUACAGACCUUCCAAGGAAUGUGUCUGGAGGAUUACGGUUUCGGAAGGGUUUCACGUGGGACUUACCUUCCAAGCUUUUGAGAUUGAAAGGCACGACAGCUGUGCAUAUGACUACCUGGAAGUCCGGGAUGGCCCCAUGGAAGAGAGUGCCCUGAUUGGACACUUUUGUGGCUAUGAGAAGCCGGAGGAUGUGAAAUCGAGCUCCAACAGACUGUGGAUGAAGUUUGUGUCCGAUGGCUCUAUCAAUAAAGCGGGCUUUGCGGCCAAUUUUUUCAAGGAGGUGGAUGAGUGUUCCUGGCCAGAUCACGGCGGGUGCGAGCAUCGCUGCGUGAACACGCUGGGCAGCUACAAGUGUGCCUGUGACCCUGGCUACGAGCUGGCCGCCGAUAAGAAGAUGUGUGAAGUGGCCUGUGGCGGUUUCAUUACCAAGCUGAAUGGAACCAUCACCAGCCCUGGGUGGCCGAAGGAGUAUCCCACAAACAAAAACUGUGUCUGGCAGGUGGUGGCCCCCGCUCAGUACCGGAUCUCCCUUCAGUUUGAAGUGUUUGAACUGGAAGGCAAUGACGUCUGUAAGUAUGACUUUGUAGAGGUGCGCAGCGGCCUGUCCCCCGAAGCCAAGCUGCACGGCAAGUUCUGCGGCUCUGAGACGCCCGAGGUCAUCACCUCGCAGAGCAACAACAUGCGCGUGGAGUUCAAGUCCGACAACACUGUCUCCAAGCGCGGCUUCAGGGCCCACUUCUUCUCAGAUAAGGACGAGUGUGCCAAGGACAACGGCAGGUGUCAGCAUGAGUGCGUCAACACCUUUGGGAGCUACCUGUGCAGGUGCAGAAACGGCUACCGGCUCCACGAUAACGGGCAUGACUGCAAAGAGGCUGGCUGUGCACACAAGAUCAGCAGUGCAGAGGGGACCCUGACGAGCCCCAACUGGCCUGACAAAUACCCCAGUCGGAGGGAGUGCACUUGGAACAUCUCUUCGACUGCAGGCCACAGAGUGAAACUCACCUUUAAUGAGUUUGAGAUCGAGCAGCACCAGGAAUGUGCCUAUGACCACCUGGAAAUGUACGACGGGCCCGACAGCCUGGCCCCCAUCCUGGGCCGUUUCUGCGGCAGCAAGAAACCAGACCCCACGGUGGCUUCCGGCAGCAGUAUGUUUCUCAGGUUUUAUUCGGAUGCCUCAGUGCAGAGGACAGGCUUCCAGGCAGUGCACAGCACAGAGUGCGGGGGCAGGCUGAAGGCUGAAGUGCAGACCAAAGAGCUCUAUUCCCAUGCCCAGUUUGGGGACAACAACUACCCGAGCCAGGCCCACUGUGACUGGGUGAUCGUGGCAGAGGAUGGCUACGGCGUGGAGCUGACAUUCCGGACCUUUGAGGUUGAGGAGGAGGCCGACUGCGGCUACGACUACAUGGAAGCCUACGACGGCUACGACAGCUCAGCGCCCAGGCUCGGCCGCUUCUGUGGCUCUGGGCCAUUAGAAGAAAUCUACUCUGCAGGCGAUUCCCUGAUGAUUCGAUUCCACACAGAUGACACCAUCAACAAGAAAGGCUUUCAUGCCCGAUACACCAGCACCAAGUUCCAGGAUGCCCUGCACAUGAAGAAAUAGUGUUGAUGUUCUUGAAAGACAGAAACUGAGAAUUUUGUUUUGUUUUGUUUUGUUUUGUUUUUUACAACAAUAGCACCUUGAAAAUCUGCCCUAAAACAGUGUACAGUAUUUUUCUCAAACAAAAACUCAGAGUCCAGCCUUAGAGGUAUAUAUUUGAAUGAAAGUCAUGUAAGUUUGGCCAACAAGGUAGAGAGAAAAUGUUCUUUUGCUUCUGUCUGCAAUGUUAUCACUCAUGAACUGUUAAAGUCUUAAAGAUUUGGAUUGAAGUCACUGACCAUUCAAGCUAUGCUUGUUCAUGCCUAUUCUCCUUGUCCCUUGCUCCUGUGUGGCAAAAGGCCAGCCUUGGGGUUGGCCGUUCCUCUAAUCUGGACUUGUUUGCAAAGGUGCCAGGCUGUCUUCUGUCUAUGCUGGGCAUAAGGGAUGAAAGCUUAGCCGAGACUAAUGUGUGGCUCACAGCUUUGGCUGGAAUCAUUUUCUUUCUCUCUGCCAGGGACAUGUCAACCAAGAAACCUGAAAAUAUGGAUGGAUGUCAGGACUAAAAAAGGCAUCACAGUGAGCAGUGAGCACAGAGGGAGUUUCGAGUAUAAGAAUCAUUGUCAUGAAGUUAGGAGACCACAAAGCCAUUUCUCAGAGUCAUUCGCUCUCCUUGUCCCUUUGGUUUCCCCCCUUCCCUAAUUGCAGUGGGGGCUAAGGCAUCCAUUAUGAAUACAGCAGAACAUUUGCUGGUGAGAGUCCUGUCUGCUGAGAAGACAAUAUUGUGGCUCGUCCUGAUAUUUUUUCAUUCAUUGACUUUGAGAAGACUCCACCUGUGCUUGGAAUUCCAAGGGCUUCGAAGAACAUUUCUUCUUUUAGCUUUGGAUGCCCUUGCCGUGGCACACCUGGACUCCUUGACAUCCAAUUCAAACUGCAUUUGCAAAAUGUGCAAAGACAUAAGGGACCAAUUCAGGUCCCUUAUGGGGUGAACACUGUUGAAGACUGGUUAAUUAUAAGUUAUGUAAGAAUCAUCGUCUUGUGGAACAAGUCAAUCAGCGACUAGCUUCCUGUAGCCAAUCAGGUUAAAGAGUGCGUUGGUAACUUUGCUCCGACUGACUAGUAUUCAAUCACCAACUUGCAAUCAGAAUUCAUAACACUUGGCACUUGUUCUAGAGAAGUGUAGAGGAUGGUGUUUACAUAAUUUUAGCACCUCAAGGUAUAAUUUAAACAGUGAGGUAGUUUUGAAUGGCAUUUCAUUAAGGCAUCUAUGGACAUUAUGAGCUAAAAGCUGUGGUAUGUUAGCUUUAAAAGAGUAUUUAUGUUGGAAUAAUUUUUAAAUAAUGUUUACAUAACUGUAAGUCCUGUUUGGUUGGUGUUGGACGCAGGGCAGCACAUGAGUGUUUUUGGUUAGAGCCAAGAUAGCUCCCAUGCUCCAGAAUUCCUUUGGGAUGAAUCAGCAUCAUUUUAGACAAAAUAUUUGUAAAAGGUGAAAGGUUAUAUUUUUUACAGAUCAUAAUAUGGCACCAGAGGACUGUGUCUCAUUAAAGUGAUUGCUGGGAGCAAAAACUAGAAUGAUACAAAGAAAGGUCAGAGAAAUGCAUGGGAAUAUUUUUUCCUUAAAACAGAAAAAAAUUAAAGUAUUAUUAAUAAUAUAUGUCUGUAUAUAUGUAUGUAUGUAAAAGAUCAGCUGUCAAAGCCUUAAUCAAUGCAGUGUGGAAAAUGCCAACCCCUGGUCCUCGCUUUACUGUGGGCCCUGCAGGACCGGCUCUCCAUUUCCUGCCUCUCCAUUCACCAAGCUCUGUUUUGGCCUUUCUCGGCCCUGGACUGAGGCUCAGCCUACAUGCUCAUAUUGUGCAUAUGGCAGACCCUGCCCAGCGUGCGCUUUGAUAUGGCAAAUGGAGCAGCUGACUUCAUGGCUCCAAUCCCACCUGCCUGUUAGGGUAGAUUCCAUUUAUCUGAUUUUUGUGCUUUCUGAGGUUUUAUUUGGUCUCAUCUUGUCUAUGAGAGUUGAAACUGGAACUGGGAUACCUAAAAUGGGUGUUAUGGUUCUUUCUCCAAGGAAAUAAAAAUUCUGCAGUUUUAACCUUUAGAAGUCUAAGCAAAAUUAACAAAUUUCAUAGAAAAGUGGGAUGGAGUCAGAAACAGAGUUGGUGCUGCUCAGCCGGACAGUCAAACAAUGAUACUUCUUUUUAUCUCUUUAGUAUGAACAUUUUCAAAAACACACAGCUUCAACAAUUGUCACCAUAUGGCCAAUUUGCAACAAUGGGACUCCUAUGAAAAACCUUUAUUUAGGCCUUCUGUGUGACGUAUCUGCAGAAAAGAGAAGCUCUGAUUCAGCUGGGGCUAGCUGGGCCGUUCCUCUGGAAGCCCACACUUGUGGGGACUUGGGCAUGACACAAGUUCUUGCAAAGAAACUAGAGGCUGGCUUCACUAGAGAGAGUCCAUUCAGCAGAAAGACCCAGGCCUCUGCCUUGGUGCUUCCAAUUGUUCGGUGAUCUGCCUGCAAGCAUCCCCAAAAGCAAACAACAGAGGUAGAAGAUAUCGCUGCAGCCUGCUUUGUGCUUUAAUUGGGUACCAAACUUUGGGGAUGACAAUGAGUUGCAAGAAUAGUUUUAGUUCAGAGAAUUGUCUUAGGACAACAGGCUAAUGAAGGAUUUGGGGUCUGGGUUUUUAGCCUGGCUCCGUUCUGGUGUAACCUGGUCUAGCAAAAGCUAAGCCUGGAUUGCAGGGCAGGAAAAAAUCUGGAAUUAACUUUAGCCAGUGGAAUUUCUUCAAACAGAGAAAGAGAGGCUGUUCAUUGAUCCAUUAUUCCCUCUAUUUUCCUCUAAGGUAAAUAUUUAGAGGUAUUUACCUGUAAGGUGCAGUUUCUUCUCUAUUUCUAUUUUACAAUUUCUCUCUAAAGCAAGCUUGUCCAACCCUUGGCCCAGGACGGCUUUGAAUAUGGCCUGACACAAAUUCGUAAACUUUUUAAAAAACAUUCUAAGAUUCUUUUUGUGAUUUUUUUUUUUUUCUCAUCAGCUAUCGUUAGUGUAUUUUAUGUGUGGCCCAAGAUAAUUCUUCUUCCAGUGUGGCCCAGGGAAGCCAAACGAUGGGACACCCCUGCUGUAAAGUUUCAUGUCACUCACGAAUUGCUCAGCUGAUUUAAAUAAUUUGUAAAAUCCUGCUAACUAGCAAAUUCACAUUGAGAUUUUCUACUGAUUGGGUCCCUUUGAUAGCUUUCAGAGUGGUAUUGUUAGCGUUCCAUUUGUGAACGAAUGUUCCCUUGGCUUUAGCAGAUGUUUUUAGAGUUUCUUUUGUAGACCGAACUUCUGAACAGUAAUCCCAAAUGCCUAAAAGUUUUCUUUGUAAAAAGGAAAACUGUUUUAAGUAUUAUAUGUAAACAUAUGGGUAUUUUUUAUUUUGUGUAAUUUUACAUUUCUUGAAAUGAUGUCAGUUUCAAAGAGAAAGUGGAGAGGACCUAACAUAUGUCUCUACCUAGAAAGGAUGGUUUCAUUAAAGGAUGUGGAUUUA